AUGAGUACUGGAGAGCUAAAGUUAAAUGUAAAGUGUCAAGGUGGAGAUAAGGGACAAUGUACUUGUAAAGGUGCUGAGAACAUACCCGGCCUAAAGGCCGAAAAGAGGACUAACAUUCCGGUACCGGGAUUUACCAAAUAUGUUCAUUGGAUUCCAGAUGGAAGAACGUUCACUCUAGAUGGAGAACUUAGUAAUGGAGGUAAGAUAGGAUCAGAAGGAAAAAUACCUGUAAAGGAUGUUACGGAAGUAGCAGUAUAUUACUGGAAUGGAGCCCCUGACAAUCCAAUCCUGCUUGGAAUUACUACUAACAGUAGUGAUAACACUACAACUGCAUAUUAUGGCAGGGAUAGUGAUAGUGGUAAUGAUUGGGAGCAACUACCUGGUUCGAAUGAACAAGAAGCACUUGAUGAUCAGAACUGCCUAAGAAACUAUGCCAUCCCUUUUAACAUAGAGAAUUCUCACUCUGGUGAUAUUUUCAAAGGCUCUAAAUCCAGUUGUAUAGGGAGCAAAACGAUAAAAUCUACACCAUCAUCCAGUCUUACGGGCAGCAACUAUGUUACUACGGCUUAUAGUAUAACUAAUGCUGAUUGUAAGGGGACUAAAAUAUCUAGAGUGACCUUGAAUAAUAAACCUAUAAACAUUUCUCUUACAAGAGAUACUCUGGCGACCGAGAUCAGGUUAUACUCUUCACCUGUUAAUACAAAUGUACCCAUUAUAUUUGAGUUUAAACUAGAAAAUGGAAAUUCCAGAUUGUUUCACAGUAAAAAUGAAGAAGGUACUGAAUGGCAAGAGUAUGGUAAUGGCAAUAGAUCAUAUGAUGAUAACAAUAAUAUUAGCCAACUCACAGAGGAACUUAUAAAAGAACUAGAUGAAUUUACUUGUGAACAUCACAAGGGUGUUAAUAUUGAUUUAUCCUCUACUAGAACUAAUGGCGAAAGUUAUUGUUGCAAUAAGCAUGGAGGAAAGAAAAAGGACGGUAAUGGAAAGGUAUCUGUUACUGAGAAUGAGGUUCGUUGUAAAAUACAUAACAAUUCAAGUACUAUCACAUAUCACAGACAUACUGUUUCUGGUAGUUAUAAACUAUCUGGUAUAAGGUACAAUGAAAAUGGUGGAACUAGGCGGAACAUAGCUUUAAAUGGACAGAGAUUUCCCAUUCCUAAUGUACAAGCCAUAUAUGCAUUAUACUCUGGUAAUAAAAAGGAACCCAUCUUGAUCUAUGUUGAAGGGAAUACAGCCACAGGAUGGUACCAGAAGAAAGGUCCUUCUGGUGGUAAUAAUGGAAAUGAAGAGUGGACCAAAGUCAAGGAUAAACUCAACGGUAUAACACCGGAGAAGUUUGGCACUCUUGACUGUCCAAGUUGGAAUGAUGCUGUUGGUGUACUAAGAGACUGUGGUGACAAAACCUUGGAAGAAUGUCCUGAAGAGUCUAAACAAGAUCCACAACUAGAACAACUAAGUUCUGAAGAAGCUAGAGAAGAGGUUGAUGAAGAGGGUAUAAAAGUUGAGAAAGAAGAGGAAGAAGAGAAAAUUGAAGUAAAAGGUGGUAAUGCUCCUGGGCCUGGUAAAGCUGCUUCUCCUGCUGGACCUGGAUCUCAUUCCACUGGUACUGCUGGUGGUGGAGAUUCUGAAGCUCAAACUACUGCUUCUAUUGGUGAUACUGAUGGAGGUGCUGGAGUUUCUGGUGAAGAUGGUGGUGAUAGUGAUGAUGCUACUGAAAGGGCUGAAGAACCUCCUGAUCCUCCUGCUAAUCCUCAACCUCUUCUUACUACCGCUCCUGCUGUACUAGCUGGAUAUAUAGUCCCUUCGGUUUUUGGAGGAUCCGCUGCAACAUUUUUUGGAGGAUGGAAACUUUAUAACCGCUUUAAAGGAGACCCUUGGGUUCGAUACGGAUAUCCUAUAGAGUUUUUAAAGAAUGUACCAUAUUGA